AUGCCGGUGGGUGCGCAGCCACCGAGCGAGCAGAUCCAGGGCGAGAGCAGCCGCUGGAAGGACAGAGAGCCCCCACCUUCCUUUGAUGGACGGAGCCCCGACAAGGAGUUUCCGCGUUGGUUGAAAGAGUUGGAGUUUUGGAAGUACGAGACUGAGAUCCCCAAGGAGAAAUGGGGUGUGAAGGUCUUCAGACAACUCCAAGGCUCUGCUAAGUCGGUCGCAGAUGGCAUGACGUUUGAAGAGCUGGCUUGCGAUAAGGGACUGGAAAACCUGAUGAAGGUUCUCAAAGAGCACUACGAUCCCCAUCUGCAGGUUUCCCUGCCAAAGGCCUUCGAAGAGGCGAUCUACGGUGACAUUCGCUCGGCAAAGGAGUCGUUCAGCGAUUAUGUCAUCAGACUUGAACGCAACUUCAAGGAGCUGGAGAGGCAGGGAGUCAAGCUUCAUGAAUUAGUGGUUGGCUAUGUGAUGUUCAGGCAUGCUAACCUUACCGAUGUUCAGGAAGCUCAGAUGUUGACCUGGGGCUCAGGGAAGGACGAUCGGAAGACGGUGAUCGAGAACUUACGCAAGCUGGACAAGGGCAUCUUCGACGUCAAGCGGAGAAACCACGCGUACCUGCUGGAUGGAGAUGAUGAUCUUGGCGAAGAAGAAGCGGAAGGCCCCGAAGCCUUCCUUCAGCAGGGUGAAGAUGAGGCGGAGUCGGACGGCGACGAGGACUACGUGUACAUCGGCGAGGAGGACUUAAAGGAUGUGUACGAGGAGGAGCACAUCAUGGAGGCCUUGGCUACAUACCAGGACGUCAGGCGUUCCCUUCGUGAACAAAAGAACAGCCGAGGCUACUAUCCCUCAGGAAAGGGAUCUUCGUCCCCAAAGGGCUAUGGCAAGGGCUCUGGAAAGGGCUCUGGCAAGGGCUACGACAAGGGUUACGACAAGGGCUACGGCAAGAACAGACCGAUGCUGGACUUCCGCGGCAAAGGCAAGGGACAGAUGAAGUUUGGGAAACAUGGGACAAAGGUGCACAUCGACUUACUCAAGCUGAGAACAAAGUGUGCAAGGUGCGGCGCAGUUGGCCAUUGGGCUCGGGAAUGCACGAACGCUCCAGAUGAGAGAGGCCGCGCGUCGUUUCCCAAGUCUCCCUCGGCUUCGACAUCGUCCCCCUCGACUAGGUCAGGCUUCUUUGUGGAGUCGAGUGGACAUGCACAGACCGACGCGCUGCUCACCGAAAACGAGUCCGUGAGCUUUAUGUCGUACUUGCCUACCUUCGGUAAGAUACUUUCUUCGGUCCUCAACAAAGAGACGCUCGUGCAACCGCAACUGCUGGAACCUCAAAGUGAAGAUCCCCCUCCAAGCUUUGUUGGCGUUUGCACCCGAGCCGGCGAAGGUAUCGUCGACACGGCAGCCCAGGAUGGGCUCAUCGGCAAGGCUGCAUUGUUGGAGCUUGCAAGUGUGUUGCGUGGAUACGGAUUGCAGAUCAAGUGGAACACGAAGAAGCAAGCCCAAGCCAGCGGUGUUGGAGGAAAGGCAAAGGUCAUCGGCAUUGCAGAGAUUCCUGUGGGUCUUGCUGGGGUAAAUGGGCUGUUAGAGGCUACCGUGGUGCAAGAGAACAUACCUCUACUUCUACCUAUACGUAUGCUCAAGCAGCUCAGGGCGGUGGUGGACCUCGACACCGAUCGCCUCUGCCUCAAGGCCUAUGGGGUUGAAACAGGAAUGCAUGCCGUACCUUCUGGACACAUGGCGGUUUCUGUGACAGAGUUUGCGCCAGAGGGUUGGUCUUUGCCGAAAGCUGCUGAGAGUGAGCGCAUGAAACAUGAGCAGUUCGUCCUUGCGAGCAGUGGUUUUCUUCAGAGCAUGUAUCCUCUCGAGAAGAGCCCCGAGCGCCGAGUGCAAUUCGAAGUCGGUGAGGAAGAUGGCUCAGCUGCUGUUGCAUCGGAUGAUGGAUCAACGAAGCCGGGACGGACCGACUCGAUUCUCGGCGACAAGAUGAUCGACCUCAUGGGUCUGGUAAGCAUGCGGGAAGGAGUGUUCGCUUGGCUACCAGAUGGCUCGCAGCGGCUGUUGGGGUUGGUGCCCUCACAGGACGCCCCCUCGACUUCGGCCCUGUCUCCUUCUACGACAAGGGCCUCAGACAAGCAGCUGGAGUACGCGAAGAUUAUCAAAGUCUCCACGUUCCUUGGGACUCGCAAAACCAAGGACCCUCCCCUCAAGAGCCGAGAGAUGUGCGAACAUCCUACUACCGAGCUGAAGGGUGGUGGAAACCAGUAUACGAGGGAAGUGUGGUGCAAUGUUUGCAAGAGCCGCUGGGAGUACCUCAGCCCGGACAAGCUCAACGAGAAGAUCAAGGAGCUCGAGAAGUCCAAGAGCAAGCCCAGCACUCCGAGAAUGUCGGCAGGAUCAAUGGACCAGGGUCAAGCCUCAAGGACCCCGCAGGUGCUAUGCCAGUGCGGAAAUGUGACAGCACGCUGGGAAGUGAAGAAGGCCGGGCCAACGCAGGGACGUCACUUUCACCGAUGCCGGGACCGAGUGUGCGAGUUCUUUCAGUGGGACCAGAGCGAGCAGAAGAUCCUGAAGUCCAGAUUGGCGAGCACCAUGGACGAGAUGAUGGAGAUCGAGGAGCCGGAUGGUGCGAUUCCGGACCCCCUGGAGGAGCUACAGGCCAAGACUCAGGCCCAACUUGCGAGCCAGGCCCGAGUGCACCACGAGGAAGUGAGCGAACUCAAGGUGCAGCUGGCGUGGUUCAUGUUGGCUGUGUUUGUCGAUGAUGAGAGCAUGAAUGUGUGGAGUGAGGAGUCGGGUAAGAUCAAGGCCCUCUCUGCGGGAGAGCGCAAGCGGACCUCUCAGAACAUCAAUCUCCUCAUGAAGGGCAUGUCCACACUACAACACAGCCCGGUUGUCGAGGCAGUAUCACCUUAUGGAAUUCACAAGUUUGUUGAGUGUGAUCAGGCGAUGGCCAUUUUGGAGCCGCCUGGAAAGCAGCAGUUUUGGGUGCAGCUGAGAGACAAAGGCCCCCGUUGCUUGAUACUACAGCCGGAUCGUGAUGAAGCCAGCUUGCAGUUGUCAACGGAUGCAGCGGAGUGGCAGAGUGCGCAAGGAGGUGUCUUUGUAGUUCUGUGUGAUGAAGAUGAUGAGAGUUACUGUCGCCAAGGACUGAGUGACCAAGAUGAAGUGUUCGCAGUGAAGAUGGAGGGUCGCUAUGUGAUUCUCAGCAACCAUGCAGGACUUCCAGGUCGAUUGAAAGAUAUGGCUGGGAGCGGUUUGAAGUUUCGCCUUGAGGACACCUACGAUCUUCCACAGAAUCCAAAGGCGCACCUUGGGGACACCAACGAUCUUCAACAGAAUCCAGAGGCGCACCUUGAGGACACCAACGAUCUUCAACAGAAUCCAGAGGCGCACUCUCACAACGAGAGCUUCAUGUUUGAUGACUAUGAGAAUAUCCCUGAGGACACCGACGAUCUUCGACAGAAUCCAGAGGCGCACCGGUCGUUUAUUUUUGAUGUGUGUCAGGAGCACGACUGGUCCCUUAAAACAGAUGUGUGUCAGGAGCACGACUGGUCCAAAGGACAUUGUUCAGGAAGCAAGUCCUUUCUCACGCUUGGUCAAGUCAAUGUGUUGGAGUUCAGAGCAGAACGUCUUUUACGAGAGCGAGACUUUUCUUUCAUGUCCAUGGAGAAACUGUGCGAGACUCUUCAGUUCAAACAGGCAUCGUCCAGGCAGAGUGUGGAGAAUGGAUCGUACCUCUCUCUUGGCCUCUAUGCCCACGGCAAAAGCAAUGGAGUCACGAAUUUGGCCAAGAAGCUUCCCAAGUUUACUGAGUACGUCAAUCGGGUGUUGAAGUACCAAUGCAAGUGUGCUGGGAUUUCACGGCCUACCUGGACGUCGGUCGCAAUUGGGCUGAAUGCAGGCAGUCUUCCACACAAAGACAACCACAACAAGCGUCUUACAAAAAACUAUAUCUUCUCCGUUGGAAGACACCAAGGCGGAGGAUUGUGGACGCAGACAUCCUCUACUACCAACAGGUGCACGUGGAGAACUAUGCCAAAUGGAUCUACAAUGGCUGGUGAGGUGCACGACAUUCACUACAAGGCUACCGAGUUUGAUCCUCGGGCGUGGCAUGCUUCAAUGCCCUGGACAGGCACCAGGUUUGUGAUCAGUGCCUUCACUUCCCGAGCGGUCGAUGUGGUCGACACCAGGGACUCGAAGCUCCUCCGGAAGAUGGGCUUCAUGCUGCCCCAGGAUGCCUUCGUCUACAUGUUUGACGGCACAGUGCAGUGUGGAACCGGACAGUUCAACCAGGUGUAUGUGGAGGAGGAUGAGCAACGGUUUGAGCCGGUGACGGAAGACCAACAGGACGUUGAGGACUCUCGAGAUGCGCAUGUGGAUGAUGACUUGGACCCAACGGCUGAAGAGAAGAGGCUGAUCAAGAAGCUUCAUGAGAACCUUGGCCAUCCUAGGCCAUUGGACAUGGCCAGAUCGUUGCGCUUGGCACAUGCAAAGCCUCAUCUCGUGAGGUAUGUGGCAAAGCGACUCAGUUGCGCUACCUGCGAGGCAAAGCCUCGACCAAAGCCGGCGAGACCGGCAAUUCUUCCCAAAUCCUACGAGCCGGGCAAGGUUGUGGGAGUGGAUGUGGUCUUUCUUCAAGGACUGGACCCCAGACAGAGCUUUCCGGCCCUUUCAAUGGUGGAUUGGGGCACCGGUUACCAAAUGGUGGAGCGACUUCGGAGCACGGAGUCGGACCACACCUGGAGGACCUUUAUGAGGACGUGGGCCAGGGUGUUCGGUGUUCCUGACAUCAUUGUUGCAGACUUGGGUUCCGAGUUCAGAGGACAGUUCUCAGAACUUGCUGGACAAGCAGGUGCUUUGAUUCGGCAUACGGCAGCCAGGUCACCAUGGCAAGCUGGGAAGACUGAGAGAGCCGGAGCCCACUUCAAGCACAUCUAUGAGCGUGCCAGAGAAUCCACCCACAUCAGCUCUUGGGAAGAAGUCAAGACGCUUCUUUAUGAAGUCGAGAGCGCAAAGAACAGAUAUGGAAACAGGAGUGGUUUUUCUCCAAUGCAGAGGCAGAUUGGACACAAUCUUCGACUGCCAGGGUCUCUACUUUCAGACGAUCAUUUGGAUCCUCAGCUGGUUGUCCAAGGAGCAGGAGAUGAGAUGAGAAAGAUGUUGGAGAUUCGCAAAUGUGCUCAAGAGGCCUACAUCAAGUCUCAGACCGAGGUGGCUCUGUCGAAGGCGAAGAAUGCGAGAAGCAGAAUUCCGGUGGACUUCAAUGCAGGCGAAACGGUGUAUGUCUUUCGUCAACCUCGAGAAAGGAAGCGACGACAUAUGAUGACGCCGGAGGCGAACUUUGGAAAGUCAGUUUUGAGCAGUGCCGUCAUGCCACAAGCGAAGAGCAAAUCGCAAAAGAACUACUGGCUGGCGAACUGGGCAUUCCAGGAGAUGAAGAUGAUCAUGUUGGAGAACCAGCAGGCCUCGAACCCCCAGCUCAACGACCACGGCUUCGGCAAGCCUCUGAAGUACCGGUACCGGAUGAUCCAGAGGACAGUGCUGCGCAACGAGAUGUUGGAUGGGAACUUUCCGGGUUCUCCUUCUUACGAAGCAGUUCGGCGACUUUCUGCACAUCGACCUCACAACGAGCCCUACUUCACCGUGACCCAAGAAAAGGGAGUUCAUGAAUGGUACUGUUUUGAAGAAGGAAAGUGGAGACGGGAACAGGAUGAAUGGGAGUUCAUCAACCCCAAUGUGGUGGUUCGUCGACACCGACUUCCUCGGGAUCACCUCUGCAACCCCUCCAAGAUCAAAGGAACGCUGAUGCCCAGAAGGCUCAAGGUUCGACAGACCUUUAUGGUCAUGGAGGACGGGACUAUCGACAAAAGCAAGGACUUCUGGUUCAAGCAGAGGAAAACCAAGACGGCCACGAGCAAACCAUGGACAGGCUUUACCGUUUUCUCCAACAAGGAAGUUGACCUUGAGAGCUUCAUGGUUGGGAAGGCUCGAGGACAAGGCGAGGUGUACGAGCACGAGAUAAAACCGGAGGAAUGGCCGGAAUGGAGAAAGACGGACAAAGGCGAAUGGGACAAAGUCGAGAGCACGGGCGCAAUCAAAGUGUUGAGUCUGGAGGAGUCAAGAAGGAUUCGUAACAGCGAGGAGCGCCAUAGAAUCAUUCCGAGCAGGAUGGUUCGACGGUGGAAACCUGCGGAGCAACCAGGUCAACCUCCGACCAGAAAGAGCAGAUGGUGCUUGAGGGGAGACAAAGAUCCAGAUCUUCUGGAGCUAGAUCGACAUGCCCCCACUCUCAACACCACGUCGUUUGGAGUGCUGCUUCAAAUAGCAUCGUCUAUGAAAUACCCCGCUGCGGUUGGAGACCUCAAGAAUGCCUUCUGUCAGAGCAUGCCCCUACUACGUCGGCAAGGCAGGUUGUAUGCUUCCCUUCCUAAGAGCGGCAUUGAUGGACUUCAUGAAGAGCAGUUGGUUGAAAUCAUUGCCGGAGUCUACGGACUAGGGGACUCUCCUCAACACUGGCGCAAGACGCUGCGUGAGGCGAUUUUAGCUUUGGGCUACCGUGAAUCUCUUCUAGAUCCUACCGUCUACUAUUUGCAGACGCAGGAGAUCCUCGACGGUGCGAUUGCAGUGGAAGUGGACGACUUGUUCACGUUUGGGAAUACGGUGCAUCAAGACCGUAUGAAACAGCUCCAGGAGAAGUUCCAGUUUGGGAAAUAUGAGGAUGUGAUGAAGUGUCCAGAAGGAGUGGGAUUUAACGGUCGCAGAAUCCACCAACUCCCAAACUACGAGUUUGAGAUCGACAUGUUUAAGUUCGUUGAGGAAAGACUGAGUCCGGUGCAGCUCAGCAAGGGCAGAAAAGCCAAUGCCAAAAUGCUCGCGAACGACAGCGAAGUGAACCAGAUGAGAGCGGUGGUUGGUGCGCUGAACUGGCUAGCAAAGGAAGGAAGACCAGAUGCUGCAGCCGCCGCAUCCCUGGGAGCCAGUACCUUCCCAAAGCCUACGGUGCAGGACGUGAUCGACGUGAAUCGAGCAGUGUCUAUGUUGAAAGAACGUCCAGAGCUAAAAAUCCGGAUCCGCGGGAUUCUACCGGAGAAACUCUCAUGGGGAGUUGUCUCAGAUGCGAGCUUCGCCAACGCCUACGCGGGACACAGCCAGGGCGCAUACGCCAUCUUGGCCUUUGACGACAGCCUCAAGGAUGGUUACCGAGUUCCAUGCUCAUUGAUUUCCUGGAGGAGCGGACGUAUCCAAAAGGUUGUCAAUUCUACUUUGGCAGCAGAAACGCAGAGUUUGAGCAAAGGACUAGGUGAGCUGUGCUGGGUGGCAUCACUCUACAACGAGCUCAUGGACGUCAACUUUAAGUUGUCCGAAUGGGAGCAACGGCUUCAAGGGAACAGGGUUAUCACCAUGGCCCCAGAAGACUCCAGCGAGGAGCUCAAAGGAAGCCUAUGCAUUGUGGAUGCCAAGGCGCUCUAUGAUCACCUCUCCAAAGAGACUGCUGGUCCAUCAGCAGACAAGAGGACUGGUCUGGAAAUUCAGGUCAUCAGACAGAGCAUGAGUGCUAUCAACAGUGAAGUUCGAUGGGUGCCUCACCCCCGCAUGGUGGUGGACGGCUUGACUAAGAAGGGAGCCAACAUGAACGCUCUGUAUGACUUGUUGGACACUGGAGAGUACCAGAUCGUCGACGAGGCCCAGGCUAUGGAAGAGAAGAAGCUUGAGCGUGAGCACCGAGGCUACAAUAAACGCUAG